AUACGUUUAUCAGUUCAGUGUACAGCUUUCUCGAGAGAGGUUCCGUACCCUACAGCAGUUUCUGUUGCAAGCCGUUUCUGUCCAAGCAAUGUCCCAGUCACUUGCCAAUAUGAUUGCUGAAAAUAACACCCACUUCUUUGAAGGCGUUGAGAAACUUUUGGAAGUGUGGUUCACUCGUAAGGAUGGAAUGACUUCUAAUUGUGACCUAAGGAAAGUUCCCAGGUCCCAGUUGGAGUCAGUGAUGCAGAUGGUGAAGUGCGAGAUCAUCUCUGUCACCUCCAACGACGAGCUGGACGCUUAUGUCCUCAGUGAAUCGAGCAUGUUUAUUUCUGCGAGGCGUUUCAUCUUGAAAACCUGUGGCACGACCACUCCCCUCUGCUGUCUGCCCUUGUUGAUCUCCUUGGUGCAGGAGUAUGCUGGAUACGACACUGUUCAGGAUCUGUAUUACACUCGGAAGAAUUUUAAGAGACCAGAGCUUCAAAUCUCUCCCCAUAGGACUUUUGAAGAAGAAGCAUCCAUUCUUGAUCAGCUGUUUCCAGGUGGCCGUGCCUACUGCAUGGGUAGUAUGAAUCGUGCAGACUGCUGGUACCUGUAUACAGUUUCACCUGGACGACCACGUUAUCAGCCCAAUGCUGCUCGUCAUAAUCUUCCCCAUAACAAGUAUGAUUAUGUUCCCCAUAACAAGGUUGGAAAGGCUCGCCGUGAGCCAGAUCAAACACUAGAAGUUUUGAUGAUGGAUCUUGAUCAGGAGAAAAUGAAGUGUUUUUAUAAAUCUGUCUGUCCUACUGCUGCUGAAGCUACAGUGAAAUCUGGAAUAGACCGCCUGAUUCCUGGUAUGGUCAUUGAUGAUUACCAGUUUGAUCCCUGUGGAUACUCAAUGAAUGGACUGAUGCGAAGUGUACCGGGAUACAGAAAAGGCUAUGGUGGGUAUAUGACCAUUCACAUCACACCAGAACCUGAAUUCUCCUAUGUUUCAUUCGAGACCAACGUGCCCCAGAAAUCUUACAAGGACCUUAUUUCCCGUGUCAUUGCUACAUUUGGUCCUAAGCAGUUUGUCUUGACUUUCUUCAGCAGUGUGGAGAAAGGGCUCAACUUUGGCAUUGAAGAUGGUAAUUGCAGUGUCCCUCAAUACUCUGAUUUUGAUGUUGAGGACAUCCAGAUCUGCCGUCUUCAGGGAUAUGACCUGACUUAUGCUCUUUACAACCGAUUCCCAAGUUAGGGAAUCGUCCUACAAGGUGGGCAGAUUGAGACCCUCUCGACGUUCAACAGGAUUUCAAACAGAGGCUGCAGAGCUGCUCACCUCUUUCGGAAAUUUAAGUCUAAUAUAAAUGAAUUAAGCUUAAAUUCAACUGGCCAGAAUGUGGAAAUCAGACAAGACUUACGCCAAUAUGUUAAGUCGUCAAGGGGAUGCCAACUGCUCCAAUUCAUGUUUCACAUUUUCUUUCUUAGGGUAGUUUUUCCUCUUGUCAUUAGAAUAGGAGUAACACAGGAACUAGUGGGAUAUCCUGACCAACAUCUUGUCAUCAGCUUUUCCAUGUUCAGGUGUUUAAUCUGUGUUGUUGUUUCCUGGAAAUUUCCUUUUGCCAGGUGUCAAUAUUUUCUUGUUUGUUUAGAUUGUGACUAUCGUCAUACCUGUGCAUUCUCAGAGCCAAGGGCAUCCUGCCAUCCGAGUCUAGUGUUUCUCUGGUGGCGGGAUGCGUAUUCCUGAGAUGGCCCUACGGGAAACAUGAUGUGAUUGGAAAAAUCAAAGCAUAUGGUGAGCUGGCCACUUGUUAGCAAGCCGGGUAUUUGAUCCCUUCAGGAGUACAUGGGCAGUAACCGAUGUCAGUGCUAUGGAUGCAUGACACAGUGAAGUAGAUCCAUGUAAAUGCACAAGUGCCAUUGCAUCUGCAGGUUAAAGCAAAAGCUGAAAAUGAAAUCUUUGCCUUGGUGGAGAAGCAGAGGUAGUAAGUAUGGCACGACUUUAGGAAAGUCAACAAAGAAUCAAAUAGAUUUAGUAUGAGGUCUGCAAAAGUUGUUAAGAUCUCAUUAAUACUCCUUUUAAAUAUGAUGUGUAGUUAUGUGAUAACAACAUUAUGAAUUAAAGACCAUAAUCCUCUCAUGUUACACAUUCCUUUAUUGAAAUAAUAGGAAAGUAAUAAGGAUAUUUGUCUAAAAUUAAAAUCUUGCCAGAAUGUUGACCAAUCUCGAAUUAAACUGAACCUUGGUUGCAAAAAAACUGGUAUUUCCUUGAUAUUAGAUAAAAACCUGGAAAGCUGGAAUAAAAGCAUCAUUGAAAGGAUGUAUUUAUCUGUUACAGAGAGGUAAAUGAAUCCUUUUGAUAUUGAUUUGUUUUUACUUCCUAGUUGAAUAUUUAUUAUUUAGCAAGUUACAAUUCUUAUUUGCAGUUGGUAAACAUUUCAACAAGAUUUCAAUUUUAUAACAGUAAAAAAUCUUUAUUGCUCUUCUGUUAGUGCAACAAGGAAAUAUAUACAUUUGAUAUUCACAGUUUUGUCCAAACAAGAGUACCAUACAAAAAGUGAAAAGAAGAAAGUUACAGCAAAUUUUUUUGUUUUAUCUUUGUCAGGAUUUUCCUCCGAGUGUCCCCUUGGGUACGAUUUUCUUUGUUCCCAGUCACUUUUGGUGUCAAGGAAUAUGAGGAACUCUGCCAAUUGUUUUUCCUAUGUAUUGUGUUCUUUAAUAUUAAUGAAUAAUUUUUCGAAUUGUAUUUUUGAUUUAAUAAUGAUGACAUGUAUUAAAAACUUCUUAUGGCCACUUAGCAAAAUAUGGUUAUCUUUUUUUUAAUACUAAUAAUUUGUUCUUUAAACUUUUUUUUUUAAUACUUAAUUUAUUCUUUAAACUAACCUUCCAUUAUUUUAUUCAUAUUUGUAUAAAUCUAUAUUUAUCAUAAAGCAUGUUAAUCUUUUGCCUGACAGCCGAGGUAUUUAAUCAUACUCCUCUCCUAAUACAUAAAGAAUUCUAAAAUACAUAGAGAGAGGAAAUGAUUAUUGGCUUUUUUUAUUAUAUAGUACUGAAGAAUUAUUUAUGUAUAAGUGCAAGAAAAAUCAUUUACUAAUUUGCAAUUAUUUUAAGAGAAAAAAUCAUAAGAAAUCUUGUCUUGCAUGAACCAUGCCUUCAAAACCAGAACAGAAUUUAUUGUAAUGUAAUGCACCUCUUAAUAGAGAAAUUAGUUUUGGGUGGUAAGGUUGUAAUGCAAACAUAUGAUAUGUAUUUGGUGUAAAUGCCAUAGAAAAUAGAGUAUGCUGGGAAUCUUACACACGAAUAAUUUCAGCUGAUAUCUUGGUAUAACAGCAGUAAAGUCAUUAAAUUUUUAAUUUAUUUUUGCAUAUUAACAGUUGUACAGGUGUUGCUGUAAUGAAUUCUGAAGUGCAUUUUUAAAUAAGUUCCUCCACUGUCUUCUGUGUUGAUUGUUUUGAUAAUGUUCAUUGUUAUUUUGUGUUCAUGAAUAUAGCUCUUGUUAAUUUAAGAAUUAGUACAUUAUAUAUAUAUAUAUUAUAUAU